CCUCCUCCGAGUCGAGCACCAGAGGAGUGGGGAGAGAGCGACCAAGAGGACUCACAGAGAGGAGAAAGAAGAGAGGAUGGCGUCGGGGUGGGGUAUAACGGGGAACAAGGGACGGUGCUACGAUUUCUGGAUGGACUUCAGCGAGUGCAUGUCCCAUUGCCGCGAGCCCAAGGACUGCGCCCUCCUCCGCGAGGACUACCUCGAGUGUCUCCACCACUCCAAAGAGGAACAAGAAUUAAUGAUGGAGAUUUCGAUUAAGGCAUGGAAGUACAAAAAAUGGACUUUUAAUCAGAGCCCAAUGUGCUGAUAGCAAUAGCCAUCUGAGUUCCAACGAAGAAACAGAAUUUAUAAAGAGGAGCAACGUCAAAUCAGAGCAGCUGCAAGAAAGGCCAAGGGGGAAGCUGAAGAGGGUGGUGCAAACACUCACCAUUAGCAGUCAUCACGAGUAUCUACUAUGAAGCUGAGGACUAAAUCUUGAGCAGAUACUUUGUGUUUUAAUGUUUCAUGUGAUAUGAUUGGCUGAUGCAAAGGCCAAGGUAAUAAUCAUAAUAACCUGAAUGAGGAUAUCAUUUUGUUUUAAAUUUGGUCUGAUUGUCAGUGCGGAUUAUGAAAAUUUUUCUUUUGACUGCUCAUGCUCUUUUGGCUCUUCAUCUUUGACACGCAGAACGUUACAAUGAUAUACACGGUUGCAUGUCUUGCCAAGUUUUUAAA